UCACCAGAUAAACCGUCGUCAGGAGUUAUCAUCUAGCACUUAUAUUGAAUACGACAUCGUAAACUUCUCAAAUGUCAAGUUAAUCUUGGAAAGUUUGUGAAAACAAAAAGUUAAGUGUUCAAAUACCUGCACGGAUAUAAGCAGAGACAUUUUGUUGCAAAAUAUGUUACUAUUAUGAAACAGUGAUAACAGUGUUAGGACUUAUAAUGAGUACUUUUGAAUCACCAAUAACCAGACGACCAAGUUUGGAACUAUGUUUACACAGGAGUUGGAUACAAGAGGGGCAACAGAGAAGAGACUAAAAUGGCAGCAGAAGAGACCUACACUGGACAGAAUGUUCGCUUCGACGUCACAAAGAAAUGAUGAUGGUUUGCGGGCGUCUUACAAUAUCUCGUUACUUAUAGCAAAAUCCGGAAAACCGCAUACUAUCGGAGAGAAGUUAAUUUUGCCAGCCGUUGAAGAGGUUUUAAAAACUGUUUUACACAAACCUGCACCUGAUAUCAUUAAAAGAAUUCCCUUAAGCAACAAUACUGUUGAAAAACGUAUUGAUGAAAUGAGUUCUGAUAUUGAAAGCUUCUUAUGUAAUUAUUUGCAAACGACCCAUUUCUCUAUACAACUGGACGAGUCAACUUUACCUGAUAAUGCAGCAUUAUUAUUGGCAUAUGUUCGUUUUAUUAUGAAUCAAGAAAUCUACGAAGAACUGUUCUUCGCAAGAACUUUAGUAACCGACACUAAAGGUGAAUCAAUAUUUCAUGUUUUGAAGGAUUACUUCAUUGAAAAAGCGAUUCCUUUAUCAAAUAUAAUAUCAGUAGCUACAGAUGGAGCACCUGCCAUGACUAUUUUAGAAUUUCUGGAUACUAAAGAUAAAAUUUUAAAAGAAAAUUUAAUGAAGAGGAAAACAGACAUCGCCUAUUUAACAGAUUUGUUUACAAAAUUUAAUAUGGUUAAUUUGCAAUUACAAGUUAACAGUUUAAAUUUGAUUAAAACAAAGUCCAUCUUAUCAGCGUUUCUUGCCAGAGUUAAACUAAUGAAGCAAAAUAUUGGAAUUUUCUCAGUUCCCCAAUUGUCACAGACAAGCUGCCAGGAAGACGACGUUUCAACUUACGUUCAACAUUUAAAUGCCCUCUAUUCAGAUUUUGAAUCUAGGUUUGAGGAUAUUUUGACUAAGGUAAUACCACCGUGGAUAAUUAAUCCAUAUGGUGACAUAGAAGAAACGAAUAUCAUAAUACAAGAGGAACUGACUGAACUAAGUUCGGCGGUGGCGAUGAUCGGCGCGAACCUGCGUUUCGGCACGAGCGCAGCGAACGCCACCCCGAAUGCGACGAAAGUCUUCGAAUGUCAUCCUGGAGGUGCUGCUGAAGCGGCACUGAUAUUCGCGCUGUCCGCCAUGGGAAUGGCUGCGAAUUUGGCGCUGAUGUCUGUCAUACUGGCCAACAAACAUCUCAGACGGUAG